ACAUUGGACGAGAUAAAACCAAAAACAGAAGCAAACCGCACGCUUCUUCUUGCCGAAUCACUCUUUCAUCACAACCAAUUUCCAAUCCGUUCGGACUAGAACGCAUUGCAUUCAACGUUGCGCUCUACUCCGAUCAACACGCUGCGAUCUCCGUUUAUUGUUCGUUGUGAGUGAAUUCAUUCAAGAUGGCAUUCCUUAAAAGUAUUUGGAAAGUUAAUUCCAAACACCAAAAACUCUCUGAAGAGUUGGCGCUCCAGAAUGCGAAGGAGCAGCUGGAGUCGGACCAAAUGGACGUGAGCGAAGACAACGACGUCGUUACAUUCAAAUUAAAAUAUUUAGGCAGCACAGUAGUUGAAAAAAAUACAGGCGAUAGCGUUAGUACCGAGGCAGUCAAAAACAUCAUCAAAACAUCCAAAGCCGGAAAAAAGAUACAGCGGGUCAACGUCAACAUAAGUGUGAAAGGAAUUUCCGUGUGCGAUUUACAAGGAAACGACAUCCUAAAAAUCUCCAUCUACAGAAUUUCGAACUGUUCGAUGGAUCCGACGCACAAGCAGAUUUUCUCGUUCAUUUCCACCGAUGAAAACGAAACGAUGGAGUGUCACGCAUUCCUUUGUUCCAAGAGAAAAGUAGCGGAAACUGUGACUUUGGCUGUCGCGCAUGCUUUUGCCACCGCAUUUGAAGCUUGGAGACACCAGCCUGGUGUCAUUGAAGCUAAAAAUAAUACGAUUAACACAGGGUCAACCUUUGCACAAAUUGAAACGCUGCCGGUUGUUGAAAUUAGCAAAAAUGAGGAGAAAAUUGACAUUAAUAAACUAGUUAAGGAAGAUGUUUUGAUAGAUUUUGACACAGAUAUUAAACCCAGCAAUGACUUGAACUUCUUCAGCAAACAAUGGGUGCUUUUUGAGGAUGAACCUCCAAAAACCUCAUUCGGCAGAACUGAUCUUAUAAUGGCUUGACUUCAUUUUCAGAAAUGGAUUUUAAGCAUAAUUUUUUAUUAUUAUUUUGAUCUUUUUCCAUGUUUUAAUGGUAAAAAUUGGUGAUAAAAUGUGAGUGAAAAAUGAAUUAGUGAAAAAUUUGUAAAUUUUGAAUUUUGAACAUGUGACAUAUUUAACAUUGAAAACUUAUGUAACAAAUGUUUUAGUGUAAGUUUUACUGUCUUAUUAUUAUUAUGAAAAAUAAAUAAACACUUUUGUGACUAA